AUGUUUUCCUCAGUAUUCACGUCCACUCUUUUGGUUCUCGCCUCGGUUCUCACUCAGGUGAGCACCCAGUCGAUCGACAUAAACUCGGUCGCCGAGGCUACUCGACAGAGCUGGUGCAGUUCCCAGAAAGCUGCCUGUCCCCUCAUUUGUCUCCAGCUUCCUGGAGCUACUGGAGACCCAGUAGACAAUACCUGUGAUGCUGAUACUUUGGCCUACUCUUGCAUCUGCAGCAACAAUGUCUCGCCCAAUGCAUCCGAAUACUCCCAGACAAUGGCCUACUACAUCUGCACUGAAGCAAACACCGAAUGUGUUAACAAGUGCAGCACCAGUGCCUGCGCAGCCGCCUGCCGUUCCGACCACCCUUGCGGAGCUCAAGACCCCAAGCGCGUGAACGUCACCACCACAACCUCUGCCGUUGCCACGACAAGUACCGCCACGUCUACAGCGAUUAAAACAAACGAGGCCACUGGCGCCGCUACUCGAUUCGCUCUUGAAAUGGGCCAUAUCUACGGAACUUUCGUUCUCAUCACCGGCUUCAUUGCUGGUUUUGCGAUUCUCUUGUGA